GAGGAGGAGGAAGAGGUGGAGGGAGCCGUCAAAAUGGUGAAGAGGAAGAGCCUGGAUGAGAACGAGCCGGAGUGCGGGAAGGGGAUCCCGUUCGCCAUCCAGACCUUCCUGUGGAGCCAGACCAGUGCUUUCCUGCGUCCAAAGUUGGGGAAACAAUAUGAGGCAUCAUGUGUGUCUUUCGAGCGGGUGCUGGUGGAGAACAAGCUGCACGGGCUUUCCCGGGAGCUGUCGGAGGCCAUCCAGAGCAUCUCCCGCUGGGAGCUGGUCCAGGCGGCGCUGCCACACGUCCUCCACUGCACCUCCAUCCUGCUGUCAAACAGGAACAAGCUGGGCCACCAGGACAAACUGGGCGUGGCCGAGACCAAGCUGCUCCACACGCUGCACUGGAUGCUGCUGGACGCCGCGCAGGAGUGCAACCACGAGCCCAGCCUGGGCCACGGCUGGUCCGGGGGCGGCAGCAGCAGCAGCGCCUUCCUCCAACCUGUGGGGGACCAGGGCUCCUCGCCGGGAGCCCCGGGCUCCGGCCCGGGCUCGGCUCUGAUCGGGUCGGGACCGCUUCACAGCAGCUCCCUUCAGGAGGAGGACGAGAACGCCCGAGUCAAGCUGUUCCACAAGAGCAUGGCCACCGUGGAGCUGUUCGUGUUCCUGUUGGCGCCACUCAUCCAUCGCAUCAAGGAGUCGGAUCUGACGUUCCGAUUGGCCAGCGGUCUGGUAAUCUGGCAGCCAAUGUGGGAGCACCGUCAGCCGGACAUUCCCGCCUUCACGGCUCUCAUCAAACCCGUCAGGAACAUCGUAACAGCAAAGAGGAAUUCCCCAAUCAGCAACCAGUGCAGCCCCUGUGGAUCUGGCAACCCGGGUCCCACGGGCUUUCAGGUGGUGUGCGAGGCCGCCCAAUCAGACUCCCCCGCUGCAGGAGAGCAGAGCUGUCGCCGUGGCAACUCGGUGGAGAAAGGCGGCCCUUCCCAGCCGACGGUCAAAGGUCCCCCCAAGAAGAAGACGUCCGUUCCCGCCGGCGUUCCGUCCUCGCCGUCCCAGCGCGCCCGUUACGCCACUUACUUCGACGUGGCGGUCCUGCGCUGCCUGCUGCAGCCGCACUGGACAGAGGAGGGCGUCCACUGGUCCCUCAUGUACUACCUGCAGCGCCUCAGGCAGAUCCUGGAGGAGAGGCCCGAGCGCGCCCCGGAGCCGCUGGUCGCGCCCCUCCCCCGCCCGCGCAGCAGCUCCAUGGUGGCGGCCACGCCCUCGCUGGUCAACACGCACAGGACUCAGGACAUGAGUCUGAAGUGUAACGAGGAGGAGAAAUCUCUGAGCACCGAGACGUUCGCCAAAGUUUCCCUCACCAACCUGCGGCGCCAGGCGGUUCCGGAUCUGUCCUCCGACCUCGGCAUGAGCAUCUUCAAGAAGUUCAAGAACCGGCGCGAGGACCGUGAGAGAAAAGGUUCAAUUCCCUUCCACCACGCAGGGAAGAAGCGUCAGCGUCGGAUGGGCGUUCCCUUCCUGCUGCACGAGGACCACCUUGACGUUUCGCCCACCCGCAGCACCUUCUCCUUCGGAAGCUUCUCGGGUUUAGGGGACGAUCGGCGAGCUCUGGACCGUGGCGGCUGGCAGGCCACCAUCAUGGGGAAAUUCACGCGCAGAGGCAGCACCGACACGGCCGCAGAUGCAGACAGCCUGAGCGCCAAACACUCCCACUCCCACCACUCCCUCCUCCGGGACAUGCCCGACCACUCCAACAGCCACAGCGACAAUGUGGUCAGAGAGGUCCGAUCUCAGAUCUCCACCAUCACCAUGGCGGCCUUCAACACGACCGUGGCGUCCUUCAACGUGGGCUACGCCGACUUCUUCACCGAGCACAUGAAGAAGCUGUGUAACCCCGUGACGGUCCCCGAGAUCCCCGAGCCGCUGGCGUGCUCCAACCUGCCGCGCAGCCUCACGGACUCCUGCAUCAACUACUCCUGUCUGGAGGAGGGCGAGAACAUCGAGGGGACCAACAACUUUGUGCUGAAGAACGGCAUGCUGGACCUCACGGCCGUCUUCCGAGCGCUCUACGCCGUCCUGAGCCACGACAUCAGCUCGAGGAUUUGCGACGUGGCUCUCAACAUCAUCGACUGCCUGCUCCAGCUGGGCGUGGUGCCCGACAUGGGCAAGAAGAUGUCCAAGGGGGAAAACAAGGAGAACCAGGAGGCCCGCGCCAAAGAGUCAGUGGUGCAGGGCCUCGGAGGGGGCGCACAGGGGGGUGGGCCCAUCGCUGGAGCGGGCGGUGGAGGGGAUGGAGGUGGGGGAGGCAGCGGAGGAGGAAGCGGACAGGGGAGCAAAGACGAUGUGAAGAACAACAAGGACAACGACAAAAAGGAAGAGGGUUCUGGCCUCAGCACCCACCGCUUGGCUUUGACCAUGCUGAUAAAGAUCGUCAAGUCUUUGGGGUGUGCUUACGGUUGCGGCGAGGGCCACAGAGGGCUGUCUGGAGAUCGCCUCAGGAUGCAGGCCCAGAACUGCCUGACCAACCUCUACAAGCUGGACAAGGUGCAAUUUCGCCAAACUAUGCGCGAGUAUGUCAACAAAGAUUCCCUGAAUAACAUUGUGGACUUCUUGCAUGCACUGCUGGGCUUCUGCAUGGAGCCCAUUACUGACAAGUACGGCAGUGCAGGUGAGAGGUCCAGGAGGGCGAAAAAAAGAAACAUCGACAAGGCGGGCUUCGGCAACAACUUCACGACGGGCGACAACAAGUCCUUGGCCCAGAACAUGGAGGCGGUGGUGGUGGGGUGCAUGUUCAAGUCGCUCAUCACGCGCUGCGCCUCCACCACGCAUGAGCUGCACAGCCCAGAGAACCUGGGUCUGUACUGCGACAUCCGCCAGCUGGUCCAGUUCAUAAAGGAGGCUCAUGGGAAUGUGUUCCGCAGAGUGGCACUGAGCGCGCUCCUGGACAGUGCCGAAAAGGUCACCGCCACCAAGAAACCUGAAGACAAAGAAGAGGGUAAACACCCUGGACCUAAGAGGUCAGAGACGGGUGUGUCCGGGGAGAAGGGUCAGGUGUCCAGUGCUGCAGAUGAGUGUCGCAGCUACAUCUCCAGUAGACCUCCCCAGACCCCCGAACAUGAGGAGCAGCUCCCGGGCGCUCUAUUGGGGAGGAAGGACUUCUGGAGGAAGAUGUUCAAGUCGCAGAGCGCCGCCAGCGACACCAGCAGCCAAUCGGAGCAGGACACAUCGGAGUGCACCACCGCACACUCUGGCACCACCACGGACAGGCGAUCCCGAUCCAGAUCCCGUCGGAUUUCCCUCCGCAAGAAACUCAAGCUACCAAUCGGAAACUGGCUGAAGCGCUCCUCUCUAUCCGGGCUGACUGACGGCGUGGAGGACCUGCUUGACAUCAGCUCAGUGGAUCGACUCUCAUUCAUACGUCAGAGCUCGAAGGUAAAGUUCACCAGUGCCGUGAAGCUGUCUGAAGGGGGCGCUGCAGUGCCGGAGUACGGCAGGGACGAGGAGGAGAAUUUCUUCAAGCGGCUCGGUAAAUGGAGGUCUGGCAGGAGGAAUCCAUCCAAGCUUCACCACACAGAAGAGAAAGAUGGACCUCACGGUUUUCAGGAGCGUCUAGCAGCGACUCAAGAGGCCAUGAAGAACAAGAACGUGGUCAAUCUGGGCGCCAUUCGACAAGGAAUGAAACGCUUCCAGUUUCUCCUCAACUGCUGCGAGCCGGGGACCAUACCCGACGCUUCCAUCCUCGCCGCCGCCUUAGACUUGGAAGCGCCAGUUGUGGCCCGAGCCUCCCUGUUCCUGGAAUGCGCCAGAUUCGUCCACCGCUGUAACCGCGGAAACUGGCCGGAGUGGAUGAAGGGCCACCACGUGAACAUCACCAAGAAAGGUCUGUCCAGAGGUCGAUCACCCAUCGUAGGCAACAAGAGAAACCAAAAACUGCAGUGGAACGCCGCCAAGCAUUUCUGCCAGUGGGGAGACGCAAUCGGAACGAGACUCAGCGAACUGUGUCACUCGGACAGCGAAAGUCCCGCCAACAUCCUGGGUUACAUUUAUGACGAAGAGACCAAGCGGAGAAUGAGGAAGGAAGACGAGGAGGAAGAUUAUUUAGAUGAUAAUACCGUCAAUCCGUCGAAGUGCGCUUGUCCCUUUGCCCUGAAGAUGGCUGCCUGCCAGCUCCUUCUGGAAAUCACCACCUUCCUGCGGGAGACAUUUCCAUGCCUGCCCCGACCGCGAACAGAACCCCUGGUGGACUUGGACAGCUGCCGCCUGCGUCUGGACCCGGAGCUCGGCCGCCAUCGAUACGAGAGGAAGAUCAGUUUCGCAGGAAUCCUUGAUGAUGAAGACGGGCGCGAUUCGCUCAACAGCAGUAGCCAUACUCUAAAGUCGGACACCACCUGUGACGACAAGAAGACGCAGGAAUCUCAGGCUCCCAUUAGAAAGAUCCGGAUUGGAGGCUCCCGGCUGCUUCAGAUCAAAGGGGCCCGAAGUUUCCGUGUCAAAAAGGGAGGCUCCCUGUCUUCAAUCCGCCGGGCGGGAAGCCUCAAGAGCACCAAGCUGUCAAGGCAGGACUCCGAGUCGGAGAACGAGGAAGGGUUGCUGUCACAAACUCAGAGCCGGGACACGGUCACAGACAUUGGGAGUCCCUUUAGCGCCAGUGAGCCCAGUAUUGAACCAGAAGGCCCAAGCUCUGGAGGAACAGAGGACAACUACCACCGCAACAUGUCCUGGCUCCACAUCAUGAUCCUUCUAAUCAACCAGCAGAGCUUCAUUUGCACACACGUUGACUUCUGCCACCCGCGCUGCUACCAGCACCACGGCCGCUCCUGCGCCCGUCUGGUCCGUGCCAUCAAGCUGGUGUACGGUGAAAGCGUGGACAGCCUUAGAGAGGACAGUGCCUCCUCUGGAAUCAUCGGAGGGCGGCCAAAGAAAAGCAAAGAGUGUUCCGACAAAUCCUGCCUGAGGACUCCAUCCAUGAAGAGAAGACCCACCGACUCCAACAUGGAGGGCAAGAAGGACACGGGAAUGCUCAAGUACAUCCGCAACCAGGUGAUGAGCUUGUCUCCAGCUCCUCUUUCGCUGUUGAUCAAGGCCGCGCCCAUCCUGACAGACGACAUGUAUGGAGACAUCCAGCCCGCGGCCUGGGAGCUCCUCCUGAGUGUAGACGAACACAUGGCCGCCGCAGCCGCGGCCAUGUUUCUGUUGUGCGCCGUGAAGGUCCCCGACGCGGUGACGGAAAUGAUGAUGGCCGAGUUCCACCACCAGGAGGCGUGCCAGCGCAUCAACUCCAUCCUGAAGUUCUACACGCUGUGGCGUUUCCGAUACCAGGUGUGGCCCCGCAUGGAGGAGGGCGCCCAGCAGAUCUUUAAGAUCCCCCCGCCCAGCAUUAACUUCACCCUUCCAUCUCCAAUACUGGGCAUGCCCUGCGUCCCCAUAUUCGACCCCCCAUGGGUGCCGCAGAACACCGGCAGCGUCCAGGAUCCGAUCAACGAGGACCAGUCUAAAUCCUUCUCCGCCCGAGCCGUCUCGCGCUCCCACCAGCGAGCCGAGCACAUCCUGAAGAACCUGCAGCAGGAGGAGGAGAAGCGGCGGCUGGGCCGCGAGGCCAGCAUCAUCACCGCCAUCCCCGUGGCCCAGGAGGCCUGCUACGAGCCCACCUGCAGCCCCCCGCCUGAACAGGAGGAGGAAGCAGAAGAAGUGGUGAACCUGGCAUCGCGCCGUCUGUCCGUCAGCCCCUCCUGCGCCUCCAGCAACUCCCACAGGAACUACUCUUUCCGCCGCGGCUCCGUGUGGUCGGUCCGAUCGAUGGCCAGCGCCGAAGAUGAAGAGAACACAACAGAACACACCCCCAGUCACCACAUGCUACAGCCGCCUCAGGCUGUCUUCCCAGCAUGCAUCUGUGCUGCCGUCCUACCAAUAGUGCACCUCAUGGAAGAUGGAGAGGUUCGAGAAGAUGGCGUUGCUGUGAGCGCCGUCGCCCAGCAGAUACUCUGGAACUGCCUGAUUGAAGAUCCAGCUUUGGUUCUUCGGCACUUUCUGGAAAAACUCACUGUUAGCAACAGACAGGAUGAGCUGAUCUACAUGCUGAGGAAGUUGCUGCUCAAUAUUGGAGAUCUUCCAGCACAGACCUCUCACAUCCUCUUCAACUACCUGGUGGGUUUGAUCAUGUAUUUCGUCCGCACUCCUUGUGAGUGGGGGAUGGACGCCAUCUCAGCCACUCUGACCUUCCUGUGGGAGGUGGUCGGCUACGUGGAGGGGCUUUUCUUCAAAGACUUGAAGCAGACCAUGAAGAAGGAGCAGUGUGAGGUCAAGCUGCUGGUCACUGCCUCUAUGCCAGGAACUAAAACUCUGGUGGUACACGGUCAGAAUGAAUGUGACAUCCCCACCCAGCUGCCCGUCCAUGAAGACACCCAGUUUGAAGCUCUGCUGAAGGAAUGUCUUGAAUUCUUCAACAUUCCCGAGGCUAGAUCGGCACAUUACUUCCUCAUGGAUAAAAGAUGGAACCUCAUCCAUUAUUCAAAGACUUAUGUAAGGGACAUCUACCCCUUUCGGAGGUCAGUGUCUCCCCAACUCAACCUUGUUCACAUGCUUCCUGAAAAAGGACAGGAGCUCAUCCAGAAGCAAGUGUUUUCCCGUAAACUGGAGGAAGUGGGUCGAGUUCUCUUCCUCAUCUCCCUCACUCAACACAUCCCAAGUGUCCACAAGCAGUCGCACGUCUCCUUGCUCCAGGAAGACCUGCUCCGCCUCCCAUCCUUCCCACGGACUGCCAUCGAUGCUGAAUUCUCACUGUUCAACGAGCCGCAAGGUAAAGAGCUCUUCGGCUUGGACACGCUCCACAAGGUUCUGUGGAUCAAGCUGCUGGAGGAAAUGUUUCUGGGCAUGCCCAGCGAGUAUCCGUGGGGGGACGAGAUAAUGCUCUUUCUCAACGUCUUUAAUGGGGCGUUGCUGCUGCACCCGGAGGACAGCGCCCUCCUCAGGCAGUACACCGCCACCGCCAUCAACACGGCUGUUCACUUCAAUCACCUCUUCUCUCUGAGUGGCUACCAAUGGAUCCUACCCACCAUGCUCCAGGUCUACGCUGACUAUGAGAGCAACCCUUUACUACGGCAGGGCAUCGAGUUCUGCUGUCGGCAGUUCUACAUCCUUCAUCGAAAGCCAUUCAUCCUGCAGCUGUUUGCUAGCGUGGCCCCGCUGCUGGAAUUUACCACCAGCACUAGUUCUGGCUUGUCCAAAGGAGUGUCAGCUCAGUGUCUGUUUGACCUGCUGAUAUCUCUGGAGGGCGAAACACAGGACGGUUUGGACGCUCUUGAGCUGGUCAAAGCUGAGAAGCCUCUUCGCUCUCUAGAUUUCUGCUAUGGUAAUGAAGACUUGGUGUUUUCCAUCAGUGAGGCAAUCAAGUUGUGUGUCACUGUGGUAGCUUACGCCCCUGAGUCCUUCAGAAGUCUACAGAUGUUGAUGGUGUUGGAAGCAUUAGUGCCAUGCCACCUUCAGAAACUAAAGAGCAACACGGUGACAAUGGAGUCCGCCUCAGCUGCCAGAGACGAGAUCGCAGCCAUCGCCGCCUUGGCCACAUCUUUGCAAGCUCUCCUCUACAGUUCUGAGGCGCUUACGAGGCCAAUGACCGCGCCCCAGAUCUCUCGAUGUGAUCAAGGCCACAAGGGAGGAACAACGGCCAACCACGCCAUGUCAGGUGGAGUCAAUACCAGGGACAACAUCCACCUGAUGGAGGAAGGACAAGGAAUGCCAAGGGAGGAACUGGAUGAGCGUAUCGCCAGGGAGGAGUUUCGAAGACCGCGAGAGUCGCUGUUGAACAUCUGCACGGAGUUCUACAAACACUGUGGACCUCGGCUUAAGAUUCUGCAGAACGUUGCUGGCGAGCCCCGGGUCACGGCUUUGGAACUGCUGGAUAUAAAGUCACACAUGAGGCUGGCAGAAAUUGCCCACGCUCUGCUCAAGCUAGCGCCCUACGACACCUUAACCAUGGAGAGCCGAGGUCUACGGCGCUACAUCAUGGAGAUGCUGCCCAUCACCGACUGGUCCUCAGAGGCUGUCCGGCCCGCUCUCAUCCUCAUCCUUAAGAGGCUCGAUCGGAUGUUCAACAAGAUCCACAAGAUGCCAACGCUCAGGUGCGCUCGCCCUCAGGCACUAUGCACCAGGAGGCAGGUGGAAUGGGAGGCGGCCAGCAAUCUCAUUGAGGGAAUCUGCUUGACCCUGCAGCGACAGCCAAUCAUCUCUUUUCUCCCCCACCUACGCUCUCUGAUCAACGUCUGUGUCAAUUUGGUAAUGGGUGUUGUUGGCCCCUCCAGUGUGGCCGACGGAUUGCCUCUUCUCCACCUGAGCCCCUACCUCUCUCCUCCUCUUCCUUUCAGCACAGCUGUAGUCCGGUUGGUUGCCCUUCAGAUCCAGGCCUUGAAGGAUGACUUCCCCCUUAGUCAUGUGAUCUCACCUUUCACUAACCAAGAGCGGCGAGAGGGAAUGUUGCUCAACUUGCUGAUUCCCUUCGUGUUGACCGUUGGAUCUGGAACCAAAGAUAGUCCCCACCUUGAGCAGCCGGAGAUUUUCCUCCUCUUGCAAACCGUCAUCAACAUCCUUCUCCCUCCACGUAUCAUCUCCACCUCACGCACCAAGAACUUCAUGCUGGACGCUUCCCCGGCUCACUGCUCCACACCGGGCGACACAGGGAAGGAUUUGCGGCGUGAAGGUUUGGCGGAGUCCACCAGCCAGGCUGCUUAUCUAGCUCUGAAGGUGGUGCUGGUGUGCUUUGAGCGCUCGCUGGGAAACCAGUGGUACCGUCUGAGCCUGCAGGUAAAAGAGAUGGCUCUACGGAAGGUGGGCGGCUUGGCGUUCUGGGACUUCAUAGACUUUAUCGUCCGGACCCGCAUCCCUAUCUUUGUCUUGUUGAGACCUUUCAUUCAGUGCAAGUUGUUGACCCAACCGGCCGAUUCUCAAGAAGAGAUCACGGCCCGCCACCACAUUGCCGACCAACUGGAGCGCCGCUUCAUCCCGAGACCUCUGUGCAAGAGCUCCCUGUUUGCGGAAUUCAACAACGAGCUAAAGAUCCUCAAAGAGGCAGUACAUAGUGGCUCUGCGUACCAAGGAAAGACUUCCAUCAGUACAGUUGGUACUUCUACGUCGGCGUACCGCCUCAGUUUGGCCACAAUGUCGCGCUCAAACACCGGCACCGGUACAGUUUGGGAGCAGGACAGUCAACCGUCACGCCAACCAUCGCAGGAUACUCUCAGCCGCACUGAUGAGGAUGACGAAGAAAAUGACUCUAUGAGUAUCCCAAGUGUUGUGAGCGAGCACGAGGCCUUCCUGCCGCGAGUGAUGUCACAGCGGCGUUUCUCCAGCCACGCCACCGGCUCGGCACCGUCUCAGUCGGAGGGUCCUCGUAGUACCAUGCUGCCAAGUCAAAGCGAACCCAAUGUGCUAGAUGAGUCCCAGGGCCUUCUGCAGGAGGGUCACCUCUCUAGGGUUGCUAGUGUGCAGAGUGAACCGGGCCAACAGAACGUCCUGCUUCAACCUCCGUUGGGAAGAAAGCGAGGACUCAGACAGUUGCGGCGCCCCCUGCUGUCCAUUCCGAAAACGGAACCCCGCGGCCGGUCUGGAGCCAGGCUCUCGACGACGCGCAGGAGCAUCCAGCCCAAGAACAAACCACUGGAAACAUUAUUGGACUGUGAAGCGCAAGCGGAUCAGAAGAGGUCCGUCACCUUCACGGAGAAUCAAGAGCAGGCGACCGGUGGGGGCGGCAAACCCCCGACUCCCAGCAAGGUGGAGGCUCCAGCUGAGGCUAAAGGUCCGGCUUUGUCCAAGUCUCCAACGUUAGAGGUUCCCCCGUCUGUCUCGGCCACAGUCACCGCCGACCUGCACCGGCCUGCAAACGCCAAGGCCCCUCCAGCCAAGAGCAGCAAAGAGAGGAGAGAGCAGUGGGGGCUCCGCAGCAGCCUGUCCCCUCCACCCUCCAUCUCCCGCCCUUCCACCCCGACUCCUCCGUCCCGAACCUGCUCCCCACUGCCCUCCUCUCGCACCCCUUCUCCCCUUCCUUUGUCCCGCACCUCCUCCCCUAUCCCUCCCCCUCCCCUCCCGGUGUUGAGCACGGCUCCAGCCGCCGCCGCUCCACCAGCACCUCCUCCCACGCUCCUCCCGCCGACCCCACCGGGACCGUCCAUCCUCCGAGAGAGCCCCGGUGACGAGGACACGGCGGCGCUGCUGCCGCGCAGCGACCCCCAGCUGCAGCUCAGCGAGGACGACGGCACAGAGAACCCGCUCCUCACGCCGCUGCUGUCGCCCUCGUCCCCACGCCGCUCGCCUCGCCGCCUGCCUCUGCCCCUGUCCCCCGUCGACCUGGAUCUGGACGAGUCGCAUGUGUGAGAGAUCAAAGAACAGGGUUUAAUGCUGCUGGGACCUGUGUGUCCUCCUUAAAAAAACACCACUUUUGUUCUCCUAGCUGAGGACAGACCAACUGCCUCAAAGCUGUUGGUAAAUUUAAAGGCAGUAAUCCCCUUUGAUCUUCUUCAAAGGGACAUCAAAGGCCUUUUACCCUCGAUGCCAUCGCUGGCACAAAAGCGCUAACUUUUCAACCGAUUGUACAAUUUACGUAAUUCCAAUGGAUUCCAAAGAAAAAAAAGCAGCUUUACAUCAACCGGUUGGUUUAUGUGAAUUUCGUUUUCCUACUAAAAACUUGAAGCAUUUAAAAUAUCGUCAACACAGGAGCCAAAGUUCCGGAAACAACCUUUUAGCACUAGAGAUGUCGUCAGCAACAACAAACUAAAACAUGCUCUUGAAGCUACCGUAACUCUUCGACAUAUAAGUUUGUUUACGUAAGGGAUAAUACCCAACGAAUUGCGCAUUAUCAGAAGUUAAUGCACUCUGUGGAAGCCUGAACUGUCCUCCGCUUUGUGUCGGAUUGAUGGUUUUGCGACGUACAUCAAUGUCCUGAUAAUGCACAGUUCGAAGGGCAUUAUCCCACUCAAACCAUGAUCACUUAAAAAAAAAAUAUUCGAUUAAUAUUUUGUACUUUUUAUUGUUAUUUUUUCGGUUUAGAUAGUUUUUUCACAAAAAGCGGACUAUUUGAUACGUGAUGUGGAGUGUUGUCACGGUAACAUGACAACAGGCUGCGGAGCCUGGCUGAGUCGACUAGUUGGUUUAUGUGAAUUUCAAAAGCGCGUUACUAAUAAAAGGUUUCGAUAUUUCAAAGAUCGUCAAUACUGAAGCCAAAGUUCCGGCGUCAACCUUUGAGCACUUGAGAUAUCGCUGGGAACAACAAACUAAGAAAACGCUCUUUAAGCUACUGUAACUCUUCGACAUAUAAUUUUGUUUACUUAAGGGAUAAUACCCGAUGAAUUGCGGAUUAUCAGAAAUUAAUGCACUUCGUGGAAGCCCGUUGCUUCCGCAACGUACAUUAAUUUCUGAUAGUGCGAACUUUGAAGGGCAUUAUUCUACUCACACCAUGUCCACUUACAAAAGAAAUGAAUAUUCAUUGGACAUUUAGUACUUUAUUCUUGAUAUUUCUUCAGUUUAGAUAGCUUUUUCACCAAAGUAGACUAUUUGAUACGAGAUGUGGGGUGUUGUCACGGUAACAUGACAAGUUUUGGUAUUUAUAACAUCAUCAACACUGAAGCCAAAGCUCCGGCAUUUACCCUUUAGCAUCAGAGAUGUUGCCGGCAUCACCAAACUAAAAGACACUCUUGAAGCUACCAUACUCUUCGACUAUUGACGUAAUUCUGGCAUAUUAGUUGGUCUACGUAAGAGAUAAUGCUCUUUGAAGUGUGCAUUAUCAGAAAUUCGCAUUGACGGUUGAUUCAACUAAGUGUAAUGAUUUCUGAUAAUGCACGCUUCAAAGGUAAUUAUCACACUUAUACCAUGGUCACUUCAAAAUAAAAAAAAUAAUUAAUCAAUAUUUAAUACUUUAUUCUUGUUAUUUCUUUGGUUUAGAUGACUUUUUCACGUAAAACGUUUUUUGAAGAAGUCUGCGCAGUGAUAUAGAAAAUUUGGGGUGUGUGACCAGAACUUAUUUUUUAGGCGUGCAUUAUCACUGUGGAUUAUCACUUUCCAAUCUACAUCCACCACCCAAUCAGAGUCCAGUAUUCACCCGCAUUAUGGUAUAAAUUGAUUUAGAACGCACUUUACUACUCUAAAGUGUUGCAUUGUGUAAACGGUUAUGCUAAUUCAAAAGCCAAAGUUCUGGCGCUAACCCCACACUCUUCAAGCUAACGUAAUCCCAACAAGUUCCGACGUACGAGUUGGUUUACGCUAAUUUUGUACGCACUUUACGGCUGUAGAGUGUUACAUAGUAGCGCAAAGUUGCUUUUCUAACCUUCAGAAUCCGCUUGAAUUACUGAAAUUGCAUUAACGGUUUUGCUAAUUCAAAGAGCAUCAGCACUGGCGCUAGCCCUUUAACACAGGAGAUGUCGACGACACCAAAAUAAAAUGCUCUUUGAGCUAAUACCAACAGAUUCUAACAUAUCAGUUGGUAUGCAUUUAUUUCAUGCACAAUUUACUACUGGUAAAUAUUAGCGCAAUUCGAAUAUGCUAGAAUCGCUAAAAUUGCGUUAACGGUUUGACAACUCCAGUGUCAAAGGGUUAUCCUUGCUGUCAAUUUUAGUGACAGUAACGAAUAUCCCCAAUUAUAAAGUUAAAUAAUUGGUAUUUGAAUAACAGAUGCUAUAACUUUACUACAGUGGAGGAAGAAUUGUAAUAUUAGCCAUCGAUCAGCUUAAAUAAGCUGCAUAGCACAUAUGUAUUCAAUGACUUAGAGAGAUAUAUAUGAAAAUUAUAUGUGUUGGUUGGAAAUACAUGUAUAUUUAAAUCACAAACCUAUAAAACUUUACCAGACCAGUUUGUUUUGAGGCAGUUUCCUUCUUAAAAGCAAUAUUUAUUUCCUUAUUUUUCAUAUCAGAGUAUAUUUAUUUAUCAUCUAGGUUUAUUUCGUUUGAGGAGUGAAAUAUUACAAAAAAUAUGAGGUGAAAGUGGACAAAUGCAGUCAAAAUAGGAGCAAAUAAAUUGACGGACAAGUUUAAGGCUUUACCUGUUUUAAAAAAACAUAUUUUGUGUGGUUUUUUUGUAAGUUUUUUUCUCAAAAACCCAAUUGAGGAUUUAACUGUCAAGUUAAUUCUUACAUUUUCUUACAAUUUUAAUUUUUUUUUCAUAGUUUUUUCCCCCAUAUUCUUCUACUUUCACUGUACUUUUACUUCUUUUUUAUUUUAAGUUCCUGAAAUUUGUACCUUUUGUUUGUGACCAAAGACUGUAUCUCUAUGUUUUUGUGUUCUUCACAAUUGUAAGAAAAAAAAACAUUUUUCUUCGAACUUGUGUUAAAGUGGCGCUCGUGCUUUCCUGUCAGUGUUUUGUGGCGUUGUCUGGCGUUCAAAGCAGCGGGUCAAAACGACCCCGUGGAUGCAAUGGUGAAUAUGCCGUGAUUUGCCGUUAGCUUGUCGCUCAUUUCAUGCCUUAACGGAGAGACUCGUCUGUGUUCCUGUAGAAACCCGUUGACAUGUAGUGCUUUAGACCAUUCUAGAACAUGUUCCAUUUAUCGCACCAAUGCACUGUGAAUGUUUAUUUGUCAUUAGCUGCUCCUUGGGUGUUUUCUUUUGACUGUUAAUGCAACUCUGUGAAAAAGCUAAAAAGAUUUAUACAUAAUAUGAUAAAUAUAUGCAGUAAAGACUUAAGAGGAAGGGAUACAGUUUCUGAUGUUAUACAUUUAUUGCAAAAAAAUCUAUUAUACUAGAUAUACCUAUGUUUGUUGUUUUUUUCCUUGUAAACAAAAUGCUUUUUAUGCUAUUUUGAAUUUUAAAAAAGUUUAAAGUUAGAGCUUUAUAUCAUUUUUUUUCCAUAAAUGUGUCCAAAGCAGUCGUCUUUGUGCAAAUACAGACUAUAUCUAAAUAAAUGGAUAUUGUUUACAAUGUUUA